AAUUUAUUUUCCUGGAGAAUAUGACUAGCACAGGUGAUCCGUAGCUUUUUGUCAUCGCUCUUUCUGCUCUUCUUGUAAAUGAAUUCACCGGUGGUUCUUUUUGGGAAGGAAAGGGCAUUGUGCUUGAUCUGUUUAGACUGAGUUACUAGAAGAUCAAAUUUCCUCCUGGGCGACUCCGUAAGUACGUUCAAGGUGACGUGGAAGUCAUCAGCCGUGACAAAGCGGCGAAGUAUUUUGCAAUUUAAAUUACUCUUCCGUUUCAAUUUUUGACAGGCAAAGUGAAGCAUCAUGUCACUGCGACAGCGGAGUUUUGUCAUUUCCCUUCGUCUGUGAUGCAAUUGGAGACGUUUACGUUAAAAUUUCGCUUUCUUGUCGAAUCGAAAAGACUUCGUAACUAUACGGCCAUCAUUUUGUUACACCGUGACCAACUAAUCAACCGCAACCUUACAGUGUGCGAUAAAUGUUGAGCUGUUAAACAUUUGAACUUGAAAUCAAGACGAGAGGCGAACGGAAAUUAGACUCACAAAGCUACUACUAUUCAUUGAACGAGUGAUUGCCUAGAAUUAAGCAGAUCUACAAGAGGAGUAUGCCACGGACGAAACUGUCUGCAUAGAGGACUUCAUUUCUCAGGGAAAUUUUGACUUAUUGAGCAUGAAUCACCCGUUUGGAGAUGACAACGAAUAUCACCAUUUCCAUGAUGAAAUCUUCUCAACUCUUCAAGACGUGGAGACAUUUCUCUGCGAUCUCGCGCAGGAAUCACUUCAGAUAAGCCACGAAAAGAGGAGAGAUGAAUUGCUAGAAAAUGUGAUAGAACUAAGAAGAAAGCUCAAAGAGCAUAAAAACUCUAUGAAGGCUACAAAUGGCAUCAGAUCGCCGAGACCGAAGAGGAAAAGCUAUCCUUUCGCGGCGGUACAGGACAGUAUGCAUACUUAUGCAGCGCAUUUACAAAAAGUAAAUGUUGACGGAAAACCAAAGCCUCCCGGAUCACCCGAAGUCAGGCGAGUGGAGAAACCUCAAAUGCGUCCGCGUUCCGUGUCGUGUCCCGAAAUACGCUUUACUUUGAGUCACGCGUGGAGAACGUCACUUCCCAAGGUCCCAGAAAACGAGGAGCUGAAAGUGGAGGGCGAUGAAGGAUCCUAAUGCGAAAGGAAAGGACGGGAAAGUUGCGUUGUGUUAAUGUUGACAUAUAGGUUACGUUUUAUGCACAUUCUAGCGUUCAGCGUUAACUCGAGAGGAGUGAUAAUAGGUUUGUUUAAGCUGGAAUAGAAAUUUUCUUCAAAAAGAAUUUGACGUUAAAGAGAGGCGAUACGGCAGAUGGAAAUACUACAGUGUGCUUUGAUGGCCUCUUUUUACCUGUCACUAAUGAAGAAUCUAACUGAAACACAAACGAAAUCAAGUCCAUCUCUCGUGCGCUUGACGGUCCUUUUGGUCACGGAAUUAAAGUGAAGACUCAGUGAUCGUGAGCGGAAGUUACCUCUCAUCUUGUUCGCUCCCCCCCCCGCUCCCCCGCCCUCCCUCUCUAUCUCUCAUCGUUCAGGAUCCGUUUUUUCACGUUCAGUUCCAGUCGAGAUGGUUACGGAUAAGCAAUUAUCAGAGCACUGAAACAAGAGAGACCGUGGAAAUUUAGUAACACAAAGAUGUACAAAUGGAGACGUUGCGUGACAAGGGAUCAACAUUUGUACGCGAACAUGUCAAUGAUGUUACGCAGAAGUGUCACGCAACACGUACGACAACAAAUGUCACUGGCUAAUAUAUAGAAGAUGACAACUAAUAAUAAGGCAUCUAAUUAAGUUAUUUGAUUUAAUCGAGUUUUUAUUAUUAUUUUAGACUUCAAAUGACAUGUGCUUUUAUUUUUUAUUGUAUUAUUUUCAAUCUGCUGGUUGUAAGGCAACGGCCGUCAAAAAAAUCUCCAGAAAUCUCAAAGUUAUUGUAAUUAUUUAAAACGACUCUUAAAGAUUGGUGUUUGCCCAGAAAUUUUCAUAUCAAAAAAAGACAAAGUAAAAGACGAUCAAAAUGACGGCUUGUCUUACUCGUCAAAGUUGUUAGGCUAUGAUCAAUAAUCCAAGAAAAUGAAACAGAUUCUACAUUAUUAAUGCGCAACUGAAAUGUUUUAAGGGAUGAAAAUGAAAAACAAAGGAGGAUUUCAUCCUCUAGCAACUGAAAGGAAUAAAAUCUGAGAAUAAAA